AUGAAAUUCUCAUAUAUGGUUCUCAAGGGGGGAGUUUCCUUGGUUACCUAUCUCAAUAAAGUUUAUGAUUGGUUCGAAGAACGUCUCGAGAUUUAGGCAAUUGCAGAUGAUAUAACUAGUAAAUACGUUCCUCCUCAUGUCAACAUAUUUUAUUGUCUAGGGGGAAACACUUGUUUUUUAGUACAAGUAGAUACGGGGUUUGCUAUGGCUUUUUACUAACGUCCGACCGUUACUAAGGCUUUUGCUUCUGUUCAAUACAUAAUGACUGAAGCCAACUUCGGUUGGUUAAUCCGAUCAAUUCAUCGAUGGUCGGCAAGUAUGAUGGUCUCAAUGAUGAUCUUGCAUGUAUUUCAUGUAUAUCUUACCGGUGGAUUUAAAAAACCUCGCGAAUUGACUUGGGUUAUAGGUGUGGUUCUAGCUGUAUUGACCAUAUCUUUUGGUGUCACUAGUUAUCCCUUACCUCGGGACCAAAUUGGUUAUUGGGUAGUAAAAAUUGUAACAGGCGUACCUGAAGCUAUUCUUGUAAUAGGAUCGCCUUUGGUAGAGUUAUUAAGCGCAAGUGCUAUGGGACAAUCCACUUUAACUCGUUUUUAUAGUUUACACACUUUUGUAUUACCUCUUCUUAUUGCUGUAUUUAUGUUAGUGCAUUUCCCUAUGAUACGUAAACAAGGUAUUUCUGGUCCUUUAUAUAAAAGAUAG